AUGACCGUCAUCUUGGAGGUCUUCCGGAAAUUCACAGACUACAGUGGCUACACGGGCAUGGACCGCGCACAACUGCAGCUCGUGCAAGUGGUGGGAACGCAGUACGCAGACUUGGAGUGCUUCCACUGCCACGGAUCUGGCAUGCACAGCAUCGGCGGCGCGGACCACUGCAAUGCCUGCCAACGGAACCAGUACCUGUCAGCUGGCAGAUCCGCAAGCCUGGCCAGAUGCCAGCCAUGCCCCACCGGCAAGUGGUCGGUACCCGGCAGCGUAUCUGCAGCCUCCUGCGUCACGGCCGAGAAGUGCACGAGCGAGUCUGUCAAGGUGGCGCUUUCACCUUGCCAGGGUGGCAGACAGCACCAAGUCAGGAGCUGGAUCCUGCCGGUGAUCUGUGAUGUGAACGACUCAUCGGCUGCCGCUUUGCUCCAGGGAGCGGCUGGAGAUCAGGAGUGUGUUCCUUGCGAGCCCAACACAUGGCGGCCAAACAACGCCGAAUGCGUGCCUAAGACAGUCUCCUGCCCAGCGGGCCACUAUGCAGUCACUGAACUCGUGCUGAGUCGAUGGGCGGAGUGGCCAAAGAACCUGUCCCAGGAGGUCAUCGGUCCGCACGAGGAAGUGGCGGGCACGGCCGAUGUCCCGGGUGGUUGGGCGCUGAACAACGGCAGCCUUCACAUGACCUUGGGAGUUGGCGGUAUCCACAUCACGGACAAGCUCGAAGCGAGAUUACACUUGGAUGUUCAGGUGACAUUGUCGCCUGGCCGUGUGAAUUUUACCAUGGAGCUCCCACGCGCUGAAAUGUGGGCAGACCUGAGAUUCUUGGUGGAUGGCGUGGUCAGCUCCAACAUCCCCGGCUUUCAUGUGGAGCGGCUUCCCAUGAGGGCGGAGCAUGUGACCCGCUUCCAGGUCACAGGGCCUCUCUGGCCUGGACGUCACCGCCUCACGUGGAGCUGUAGCCACUCACUGCUGGGAGCUGAUUUGCGGCGGGUGCGGCUGCUUCGUGUGGCCGUACAGGGAGCUGCAAAUGCAGGUGCAUCUGAAUGUGCCCCUUGCCCAGCAGGACAGGAGGUGGCACCGAAUGGUGCUAGCUGCCGCAGCUGUCCUCCUGGGCAUUUUCUCGCGAAGGUGGCUUCCAGUACUCGCUGCACUGCAUGCCGGCCAGGAAAAUUCAGCGACACGUGGGCCGCCACGGACUGUCGCUUUUGUGGAGCAGGCACCACCGCUGGUUCCGGCGCAAUCACUUGCGAUCCCCAGCCCAUCCUGCUCACGCGCGACUUUGCGGCAGCUGCGAAGGUCCUAACUCCUGGAGAAGUCGUCAUCAACGUCACUUCUGCGAUUCAGCGGUGGCGAGCGGCCACCGAGGGCGUGACUGGGCCGCUGCUGGUGGCUGGCCGGAAGUUCUACAUCAGCCUGAUGAGACCGGCACCACCGCCCGGCGACGAGAGUGGCAUGGCCUACGUUUGGGAGCAGGUGUCCAGACAGGACUGUGCUCCGGCAGAUCACGGUGGCUCCAGUGUCGGGGGUGGCGCGGCCUCUAGCCUCACGGCUGCGGCGCCUCCUCCUGCUGUGGUACCCCUGGGCGUGGUAUUGGCGAAUGUGGAGGCAGUGGCUCUAGGAAGCCUGCGGGGAGUCCGCUUCACAUGGAAGAAG